AGGGUUAGUUUCCUGCUGUUUUGUAAACCCCGAAAACGUUUCGGCGGUUAACAAAACCGCCCUUAAAUCUUUCUAAGUAAUCCCUAAAUAUUUAUCCGCCCCGCGCCUUCGUUUCUUCUGCUUUAAUCAUUUCCCUUAUUCUCUAAUUUUUCUUAAACCCUGUUUUCUUGCUCUCAGCCUUCAUUUCCUCAAACCCUAUUUUCUCGCUCUCUGCCUUCAUUUCCUCAAACCCUAUUUUCUCGCUCUCUGCCUUCAUUUCCUCGCUCCCUAAAACUUCACCGGAAUCAUUUUCCCCUAAACCCCUUUCCUGCACCAUCUUCGUGUUGUUCUUUUCCCCUAAAAAGAAACAGAUAAGCAACUUGAAGGUGAAGCUCCUGGCCGUUGAAGUUGUUUCUCAUGAUGCAGAACAGAAACCGUUCACAGAUCUACGUGUGAGAGAUUGGCUUCUCGCAGCCAAAGGUGUCAUGCUUGAUACAGAGGAUCUCUUGGAGGAAAUAGAUCAUGCACAUUCCUUCACAUCUUCUUUCGUCAGUUUCUUUAAAAAUGAAAUUGAAUCAAGGAUGGAAAACCUCAUUGAGAACCUAGAAGAUCUAGCAACACAAAGCCAUGAUCUUGGUUUGAAAAAGGUUGAUGAUGUUGGGGUCGGAUCACUAUUCGGCCGUAAAUUGCCGUCAACAUACUUGCCAAACGAAAGUGUUAUCUAUGGCAGAGAUGCUAACAAAGAAUCUAUCUUUAAUUGGCUCAAAUCUGACGUUCCCAAUAACCCGUCUAUACUUUCUAUAGUGGGAAUGGGAGGGGUGGGUAAGACCACUCUUGCCCAACAUAUAUACAAUGAUCCAAGGGUGGAUGAGGCUGAAUUUGAUGUCAAAGCCUGGGUUUGUGUUUCCGUUGAAUUUGAUGAUUUGAAGGUAUCAAGAGAAACUCUUGAGGAUGUUACUGGAUCACCUGAUGAGAGUGAUGAGAGUACAAAUACGGAUAUGGUUCACAGAAGAUUGAGAGAAAAUUUGACGGGGAAAAAAAUUGUAGUGGGUUUUGGUUUAGGAGUUGGGUUUAGAAUCUUGUUCGGAAUUGUGAGAGAGUUAUGUACAUAGCUUCCAUGGGAUGGUCUUUCAAGGACUCUCUGAAACUGCUUGAAGCUGAUAUUCACCAUGCCAAUACCCUGGCAUCAGAUUUUCCAAGGGAAUAUGACGGUGCAUGCCUUCAAAUGAGAAUGUCAUACAGUAUGGCAGCACACCUAUUUCUCUUUUUGGUACAAUGGACAGAUUGCAAUCUUGCCGGGGCCCUAGGAUUGUUAAGAAUCCUAAUAUACAAGGUUUAUGUAGAUGGGACAACUACCAUGUCUACCCAUGAAAGGAAAGCAAGUAUUAGAGAAUUCUAUGCGGUCAUAUAUCCCUCAUUGUUGCAACUGCAAAAAGGUGUAACUGAUACAGAGGAUAAAAAACAGAAGGCUGUAUGCUUGGAGAGGUAUCGGAAAAGAGACGAAGAUGAGCACAGACAGCCUUCGGAUAUAGACAUUGAAAGGGAAGAGGAAUGUGGAAUAUGCAUGGAGAUGAACAGUAAGAUUGUGUUACCCGACUGCAACCAUGUCAUGUGCCUGAAAUGUUACCACGAAUGAUUUUGGAUUUGCUCAGUUUGCUUCGACCAUAAUUGUUUGACGAUGUUAAGUAAGAUGGUUUCUUCCAUAGCAUCCUUUGCAAGUAGUGUAAUAGACUAACAGAGUUUUCACAUAAUUUCCUUCAUAUUGAGCUGACCUCUGUUAUGGCUGUCAUUUGGUUCAAAGAACCUCUGCCCGAACCUUACUUGAGAUUUUCAUCUCAUUCGGCUCCCCCGUUUUGGUGUAAUGAUAAAAGUACACAACCUAAAAAAGGAUUGCAGUAUUCCAUUAUCUGCUGAGCAAAGCUACUGUUUUUACAAUAAAUUUUUAGCCAAUCUUCUUGGAAAAAUUAUUUCUUUUAUUAUCCCAAUUUCUGGAUCACAAUAAAUAUCUAGAAUCAGUCUCACCACAAGUGACCUGGUUUUAGAAUUCUGUGUCUGCGGAUGUGAUGCAAUAAAAGGCACUAUAUACAUUUGUGUGUGUCUGUAUAUAGGUAGGGAUUUUCAAUUCUCAUUAUUCUGUUAUUGCUCUUAAUAUAAGUAUUCAAUUAAAAAAUAGCAGAUAUGGGAAUGAAUUAAAGAGAAGUUGGUUACAGCUGUUAUGUCUAUAAUAUGUAGCUGUGAAAGCUGGUUAUAUUCUAUAUUCAUAGAUUCUUAGUUUAUGAUGUAUUGAUAUUUCAGAAGUGAGGUAUUUGUAUCGUAUUCAUAACUGAUACUAAUACUAAUAUAGUAAACUUGAAUUUGCA